AUGUUAAUCAAGGGAAGAAAACAACAGUCGAAGACUGUUGCAAUCGUGUCGACAUCAUCCACGGGGUUACCUAAAUGGCGACAGUCACCGAUUGACCUAAACAAGGUAUCCACAUGGACCAAAAAAUUUCCACCCCUAUUAUUAACCAACUAUUGGUCGCAUGAAGGCUCUGCCACGAUGACUAAUACGGGAAGAACAGUGACCAUCGAAUUUCCAAAUAGAACCCAAAUGCCAUACAUGCGAGGUGGUCCUUUGGGCGGCGACGAGUUUCAGUUUAUGAACGCGCAAUUCCGUUGGGGUCCUGAGAAUUCCAAUGGCUGCGAGCACACCAUAGACGGCAUUUGGUAUUCCAUGGAGGCUCAAGUAAUGCAUUGGAACACUCGUUACGGUUCUAUAGAUAAGUGCAUGGACAAAUUCAAUGGGAUCGCGAUAUUGUCGUGCCUUAUGCAAGUCAUCGGUUGCCCCGGAAUCCCGGAUAAUCCUUCUUUAGCACCAAUUACGGAUAACUUGCGGAAAAUCAAAAGAGCAGGAACCAACACUGAAAUUUCACCCAGUUGUUUACUGUGGAUGAUGGACGCAUGUAUGGGACGCGGUUACUAUACUUAUCCAGGAUCGCUCACAACUUAUCCAUACAACGAAUGCGCUCUUUGGAUCGUUUCAUCGACUGCAACGAAAAUAUCAACUCGACAGAUCGAUGCAUUCAGAGGUCUCUAUAAUGGAAAAUUACAAAAUAUAUUGAACAAUUGCAGGGAACAGCAACGUCUUCAGAGAAGAAUAGUUUACUACGCUACCGACGAAGCUGUAGCGUAA